AUGCCUGCGGCCUCUGGUAACACACGGACUCUCAGAUCUGGAUCUAAAGUUACUGCUGAGGUCGAUAGCCAACCAGACAACGUUGACGUACCUGCGGAAGCCGAGGCCUGUCCAUCUGAACUGGACGAUGACCAGUCUUCUCCAUCCGCCAUUGGCAGCCAAUCUAUUGCGCCUCGCCGUUACGCAACCCGCCCAACAAACAACCUUCAUCCAGCUCGCACUGUGGGGUUGGGUAAGCGGUCCCAGGACGACAUCAAGAGGGACGCAAAGCGCAAGCGAGACGAGAAGGAAGCGGAGAUGGAGCGGAAGGAGGCUUCUUUGGAACAACAGCAGCUAGAGGUAGAACAGAAGCUCCGGAAGCUUGCCGCACUAGAACAGGAGUUGAGUGCACGUCGGGAGUUGGAGACGACUGGGGUGACCUUUGGAGCAGAUGUUAUCAUGUCGGAUACAAGUGUGAAGCGGGGGACAGCCACUGAUGAAUACGGAUCUGAUGGAGGGAAUGGGAAUCUGACGGCCAAGGGGAACAAUCAAGGUCGUUCUGAUUUGCCAGUGCCAGCGGACGAAGACGACGAGUUUGCAUUCGAGGCUUACCAACUUGAACAUUCCUCCGAUGACAACCUGAGUGAGGUACCCGGGCCGCCGUCAGGUCAGAAACGCAAAGCUAAGCAACCACCGGCACAGCAGCCGAAGCCCAAGGCACGGAAGAAGCAGACGCAGAAGGACAAGAGACAAGAGUUCCUUCAGCAGUUUGAAAACACGAAGAACGUGCAGCGCGUUGCACUGGACGGCGCUAGUGAUCAGACAAGUCAGGUGCCAGCGUCGGCCAGAAAGGAACAAGUCAACAGGCCAACAUCGCUCGCGAAGAAGUCCCAGAGCGUGAAGUCAGCUACUACCGCCGGUACGCCAAAGUCUACUACUACUAGUAGACAGAAGUCAGCGCCAAGAGCGAAGGCGCCCGCACCUUCGCUCGACCUUCCCACCAUGGGCUUGAAGGCAGACUGGAAAGCUGUGGUGGCUCGCCAGACACUAUCCGCCGGUCUCUCUGGAAAACAACUCUUGUCACCCGCCGCUGGUCUCUCUACUCCAUCUGUUCGGAGUAGUACUACCCCCGCCCCAAAACUGGGAAAUGCAGCUCACCGUGCUGCCAGUGCCAAACGUUCAAGGCGCCAGGAUUCCCUCGAAAACGUAGGCGGCUUCACCGACCACGACGUCACCGUUGGUAUCGGGUCACUUCAAGAGCGACCGAGCGGCGCGCAGCUGGUCCGGGUUCUCGUAGGCGGAUUGGAGACGCGAGAGGACGAUGAUCAGUCUGGUGCGAGCACUGCGAAGAAGAAGCGUCGCGCCAAGACAACCGUAUCGGAUGAGAAGUCGCUCUCCGUUGAGGCGCUGCCAUCGUUUGCAAAACACCACUGGAAGUCUACGUUCGUUCCGACCAUGCUUCAAAUGAUCGGGCAAACGGAGACACCUUGGGCAUAUGCAAGCGGGAACGUGAAGACGCCAGCCGAAGACAACGAAUUGAUUGACGUUGUUCAACACCUCGUUGACGCGUUCUGGCCGGAGGAGCAGUACGACGUCAACGGCUCCGACAAGGUCUACAGAGUGGCACGUCAGGCAGUCAUUGACUGGCGUUCCCGCUUCAUGUCGCGCAUCAAGUCCUACAUCAAGAAGCUCUUAGAGAAGCAUGGCUCGCGAGAACAGAUAAGUACCUUUGUGAGCAGUGCACUGGUGCGAAGUAGCGGCACGGCGUUCUGGGCGACGUACGAUACUGAGAAGGAUCGAGCCGUCGGGGCGCUUCAAUCGCAAUACGUACUCAAAUCAUUUGCGACACACCUGGCUGCAGUUCAGGGUAGCAAACUUAGGGGGCAGGACGCAGCAAAGCCUGCUCGUGGGGCCCUUUCCCUCGCCGCUACCGCCGUACAAUACAUAUUCACGUCAUGGACGACGGGAAUCUUCGUCGCUGAAGGCACGUUCAGCGGCGAAAACUGCCGGACUAUCACGGCAUACUGGCAUAACAAGUCCGUGAAGAAGAUCAUCGAGCAUGGCCGCUAUGAAACGUGUGUUCGGCUCUCCAUUCCAUACAUGGAGGCUGGUUGGGUGCCACGCGCUGUAGAGGCUGAUGAGGACGAUGUGUCAGUUUGUGAUCCAAGCAGUCCCCCGCGAUAUGAUGCAGAUGAUACGACCACCUACGACUAA